AUGGCUCAAGCUAUGGUACAAAUGGCUACAGCUAUCGCUGCUCAGAAUCAACGUGAAAUACGAAGGGAGGAAAGAGAAGAAAGGGUGGUUGAAUCUAGAGGUUUAACAGACUUUCGUAGGCAUGAUCCUCCCAAGUUUCAUGGAGAUGUGGAUCCUGAAAAGGUUGACAAGUGGUUACAGGAAAUGGAAAAGAUCUUUGAAGUGAUUCGAUGUCCACCUGAAGUUAAAGAGAAUUAUGCCACUUAUCUGUUACUUGGUGAUGCUGAAUAUUGGUGGAGGAACACCAAACUGAUGAUGGAAGUUGUCGAAGAAGAGAUUAACUGGGAGUCUUUUCAGAUGAAGUUUUUGGACAAGUACUUUCCGGUGAAUGCUAGAACAAAAUUGGGAGAUGAUUUUCUGAAGGUUCGCCAGGGUAGUAUGAUUGUGGGAGAAUAUGCGGUGAAGAUUGAAUCCUUAUUGCGAUAUUUCAAGUUUUUUCGUCAGACUGUUGAUGAAGACUUUAUGUGUCACCGUUUCCAAGAUGGGUUGAAAUAUGAAAUUCAAGAUUUUGUACUACCUCUGGGAAUCACACGGUUUCAACCCCUAGUGGAAAAGUGCAGAGAAGUAGACGCUAUGAAGAAUCGCAGGCCGAAUCAUGGGGGUAUUAGUAACCACGGGGGACAAAUACGACCAAGUAAUCAGAACCAGGGUCAUAGUAGACCAGAUCAAAACCCAUAUCGUCGCCCUCAAGGGUCAAAUAAUGGACCACACUUUGCGGAUAAGUGCACACUCAACGACAAUGUAUGUUUUAAAUGCCAGAAGCCCGGACAUUUAGCCAGGGAUUGCAAGGAACCAAAGGCAGAAUCUUCACUGAAUGCAACUAAAGUCACACGCCCAACAACUCAAGGACGAGUUUACAAUAUAAAUGGUCAAGGGACCUCUCGUCCGAAUGAAUCCUUCCAAGGGGAGUGUGAAAUCUCAGGUAACAUUCUAACCGUUCUUUUUGACUCUAGUGCAACACAUUCAUUUAUCUCUAUGGACUACAUGAAACUGUUGGAGUUUCCUGUCACAACCGUAUUGUUUGUUACUAUUGCUGCUGAUAAGACUUUAACUGCAAAUACGACUUGUAUGCAUUGUCCUAUAAUAGUGUUGAUUAGGAAGAUUAAUGUGAAUCUCAUUUGUCUACCUCUUAAGAACCUGGAUGUUAUCCUUGGUAUGGUUUGGUUGUCAUACCAUUAUAUUUUGUUAGACUGUGGUCGUAAGAUUGUAAUUUUCCCUGACCCAAAGCUUUCUAAAUUUUUGGCCGCGCACGAAAUCAAAGUCAUUCUUAAGGAUGGAGAUAUGGAGAUUUUGUCCCUAGCUAGUGCGGGAGUUACUCAUGAUGCCAAAAUAGAGGAUGUGCUAGUGGUUAAAGAUUUCUCUGAUGUGUUUCUGAUGGAUGUACCAAGACUACCGCCAGUGCGAGAGGCUGAGUUUUCUAUUGACUUACACCUAGAUUAUAGGAAACUCAACAAGGUCACUAUCAAGAAUCGAUAUCCAAUGUCGCGCAUCGAUGACCUUAUGGAUCAACUCCGAGGGGAAGUGGUGUUCUCCAAGAUAGAUUUGAAUUAUAGGAAUCACCAAAUACGAGUUAAGUUAGAAGACAUUCCAAAGACUGCAUUUCGAACUUGUUACAGACAUUAUGAGUAUCUUGUAAUGCCAUUUGGAGUGACUAAUGCACCUACAGUGUUUAUGGACUACAUGAAUCGUAUCUUCCACCCAUUUUUGGACAAGUUCGUAGUGGUAUUUAUAGACGACAUUCUCAUUUAUUCUAAAAGUAGAGAGGAGCAUGAGGAGCAAUUACAACAAGUUCUAUCAGUGUUGCGUGAGAAACAAUUGUAUGCCAACCAAGCGAAGUGUGAAUUUUGGUUGGAGGAAGUUAAUUUUCUAGGGCAUGUGAUCUCGAAUGAAGGAACUGCUAUCGACCCAACCAAGGUAAAGGAAUUUGUGGAUUGGAAACGGCUAGGGACUGUUAUAGACAUUAAAAGCUUUGUUGGAUUAGCUUGCUAUCAUCGGGGAUUUAUUGAAGAUGCUUUAAGUAGACAAAAUAUACUUGUAUCCUCCUUAAUGGUAAAAGAACAAGAAUUACUAGAGAAGUUUCGUGAUCUGAACUUGAAUGUGGAGUUUUCACCAGGAGAAUUAAAGUUUAGCAUGAUCACCUUCUCUAAUGGGUUAAUUGAGGACAUUCAGAAACAUCAAUUUGACGAUGAACUACUUCAACAGAAAAGACGUAUUUGCAUCCCGACAGUGGACAAGAUAAAAGAUAUUAUUCUUAAGGAGGCACACAAGAGUAAACUGAAUUUUCAUCCAGGAGUGACCAAGAUGUACCAAGAUUUGAAGCAGAACUAUUGGUGGCCCAGAAUGAAGAAACGGGUGGCCGAGUUUGUGACAACUUGCCUGACAUGCCAGAAAGCUAAAGUAGUACAUCAGAGACCUGCAGGAAUGUUGCAACCCUUAAAUGUGCCUAAAUGGAAAUGGGAUAAGAUCGUGAGACUUCAUGGAGUUCCUUCCAGCAUCGUCUCAGAUCGGGACCCAAAGUUUAACUCGCACUUUUGGGGAGCCUUACAUGAAGCAUUAGGGACGAAGUUGAGAUUAACUUCUACUUAUCACCUGCAGACUGAUGGACAGACAUAG